AUGCAUCCACCACGGACGACAUCGACGCCGGGGGACCAACACAAAAUUGGAAUCUCACCGAACAAAAUCAUAGCGUCACCCCUACUUCAAAGUCCUCACAAACCAUCGGUAACAGGAUCUGAAGAUGUUAGUAGAAACGAGAUGGUGAAAACCGCGAAAAGCGUUGAAGAUGUUUCCCGACAGCAUCCAUACAAAUCUCCAAAAGCUGAGCAUAACAACUCUGUUCAAGCUCUCCGCGUAUCGUCGAAACCGGCAGAGACGAAGAUCGCUGAUGUUGUCAAAACCCCUCCAGGUACUGCAUUCACUGUAUCGAAGGCGAAGUUCACAUACUUAACAACGACAGACCAAACGCAAGAACAAGAUACACAGAAGCAAGUACCUGGCAAGAAAAAUGACGUGGAUGAAUUGCCGACGGCUGAAGCAGUAUCAGAACGGAUGAUUCUUCUGGAGCAGAGUACACGUAAUCGCCCUGCACCGAGGACUCCUGUUGAGAAACUGGUAAACCCUAAGUCUAAAAUCAUAACGGAGCUGAUAUUUUAA